AUUAAACUGAAAUCAGUUCCACGUUUCUCCAACACACACAACACAAGACACACAUGAUGGCUGAUGGACGGAACACAAAGGGUGCCGUGUGCACCGACAGCAACGGCCUGUGCAUCACCUCGUCGGGGGAUCUGACAGAGGCUGACGCUGGCAGCCUGCAUGCCAUUCACACGUUGUCGAGACAACUCUUCGACACGGACCAGCCUGUCGCCGUUUGCAUCGAUUCAACGACAUCACAGUCAAUCUACGUCAGGAAAGUCAACGAAAACGUUGUCGCUGUCAAGAAGGGCUAAGUGACGGCCGUGCUGUAGUCACAAGUGGCCAACACGCGCGUGCCAUGACCUCUCCUUCCGUUUUAGUUUGCCAAUUCCACCCCAUUGACAUGACCACAACGACGUGCCUUUUCUGCUCACUCAUCAGUUGCUGCUUUUGUCACCUUCAUCCCCGUGCCUUCCUCUCUCCCCUUUGGGCCUUUUUCUUCCUUGACUGAUACGCGCUGAUGCUUCAUUCAUGGUUGCCAAUUACACGAUAAACACAAUGCGAAGAACA